AUGGGCAAUGGAACUUCGGCUCCGGAGGCUCAACCAUCGGACACCAAAGUUUUAACCGAAGCGAAACCCGGCUUCAACGAAUUCCCCGAGGCAUGGAUCAGCGAACUGAAGGAGAGUCCAACAAAACUGGAGGGAAAGCCGAAGAAAACUGUGAGAAUUCAAGGUGCGUUGAGUGGGAUAUUAUCCAUGAUGAUCAGGUGUCAAGGAUAAUAUUUUUUUGGGUUUGAAAAUAAAAUUUUUUUCUUGAUUUUUUUUUCGGAUCUGGAACAAGAGAAAUGAUUGGAAUUUUGAUUGAAAUUUUGGCCUGGAAAAAUUUAUUUUUUUUGUCUAGCCGUCUCUUCAUUUUAUGUAAUCUCUCGUAAAGAAGAUUGCUGAAUAUCUCGGCUUGGCUUCUAUAGGGCACGACCAAAUUUUCAGUGAUUUAUCAAUGAUCUAAUUAGAUUGUUUGUGCAAAGUUUGAAUGAAAUCGAUAGACUGUAUCUGGGGUAAAUUUUGCAAUAUUACUUUAGACUAUUACUAUUUGAAAUUUGCCUUCAGCCUUACCAACGAUCCACGAACUCUCUUCCACCCAAUCCUCGACUGUAGAUGGCACCCAGAACAGCAUGAAGAGCGUCCAUCCUCGCGUGAAGUCGACGGCUUCGCGUGAAUCCACUGGCUUCUGUUACGACGCCUGCUACGACCCUUGCUGGGACUAUGGCUGCGGCGGCUAUGGCUAUGGGUACGACUGCUGCGGCCCCGUCUAUUCUCCCUGCUACGUUCCGCCAGUGGUUGUGGCUGGCGCACCGCCGCCGGUCUAUGUUCAGCAGCAGCAGCAACCACCGGUGAUUGUGCAACAACAACAGGCGCCGCCAAGAGUUAUUCAACAAGCUCCACCGCCCACCAAGUUCAUGGUCAAGGAUAAGGACGCUCCGGGAGGGAUGAGAGAGGUCUCGGAGGAGGAAAUUAAACGUAUGUCGGGGAGAUUUUAGGAUUUUUUGGGGGGAAUUGGAGAAAAUUUCCCAAAAUCUUCUUAAAAAAUUAUUUUUUUCAUUUUUUUUCGUUUUCAGAAGGCAAGUACAAGAUCAAAACCUCAGAACAGUCUCAGACUUACUCGCCAGUUCAAGCCGCCCAGCAGCCAAUGCAAGUCCAAUACCAGCAAGCCCCGCCCGUUUAUUCCCAAGCUCCGCCCACUUAUUCCCAAGCCCCGCCCAGAGAGAAGAAGAAAUCGAGCUGUUGUGGAUGUUGUGUAGGUUCAUACGGUAUCUUGAAAAGUUUUAUUUUAUUUUUUUGCAGUGA